AUCGAUCCAACCGGCCAGAGAGCGAAUUUGUGUUGGUCUCAACCAUCGGGUUCUGCGGCCCAGUUCUCGGGACAGAUUGCCGUCCGAGGUUCAACCUUUGGAUGGGUAAAAAGAACCCUUUCUGGGAACGGAGUGUUUCCCCUCUCAGUGGCAUGACAUUUGUGUGUAAUAUGUGUGUGUGCCUAAUUCUCACGUGGGGUGGUCUCUCGCUACAAUGGCCGAUUCCUCCCCGAUCUCAUCUCUACCUGAGUAGCACACAAAAUGAUGUAGGAAUCGCAAAUCGAACCAGGGGUCCAAGUGUCCUUUUGUUCGCCUUGGGCUGCAAAUUCAUGCCCGGCAUUUCCGAAAGCACAGACCGGCCUUCACACGGAAAGCCAUUUGCGACAAAGCGAUGUCCAGCUCAGCGGUCUGCAGAAUGCAGUACUACUGUACGCAGUCGGAUCGGAUUUGACAGGCACCUUUCGAAGGUGUCAAUGUCACACAAGCACAGUCUAGAUUUGAAUGAACCCUGGAGAAGGCGCACACCAAUGUUUGGCCACUUCCCCGGAUCAGUUCCCCGUCAGUGACUAAGCUUCGUAUCUGUCACUUUGCGAGGCAAGACAGCAUUUGUUCCAGACACGAUAGAUAAGCCAAGUCUCCUGCAUUCCAAAAAGAGAUCCGUAUAUAUCCGUUCUGCGUGGCGUUCCGUCCACUCGAGACCCAUGUUUGCAAGACAGCUCUCGAGUCGGGUUGCCUUACAUUUGUACAUUUGCGCUGUUGUCGAUCUUGCGCCAUCAACUGUGCUUGCGCAAUU